AUGACGACCAUUGUUGCCGCUCCUGCUGCUCACGCCGUUUCCCGAGACCAAGGUCUUUCCAGCCUUGCUCAUCUCGCUGCCUCUGCUCCUCCUAUGGCCACCAGAACCACUCCUCCCGGUACUAACGCGCCUGUCUCGACCGAGCACUCUCCCAGAUCUGCCCCUAGGCACAGUGCCGAAGACAACGUCUCUCCCAAAAGGUAUGUGUCCUGCUUCCCCAUGACUCCGACAUCUGUAUACUCAUCAUGCCCGACNAGUGCUCGCGCCGCUGGUUUGCGAUCCGUCACAAAGAUCAAGAAGGAGCCGCCAGCGUCUCCCAACCCCUCGGCAAAACCCCGACCGAGACGACUCGACCUGUCUGUCCACGGGGCCACCGGUCGUGGUCCUCAGACUGCCCGUCCGGCUCCUUUGACAGCCAGAGACUCGGCGGGACUUGCUAUCCAUGACCUUGGGGUUGCAUGCCUCUCGCCAGGCUUCCAAACCCAAGACCCAACCAUGCGCUCGCAGCUCCAGCGCAGUCUGGAUGUGAGAGAGCAGCAGCGUCAGAUAAUUGAAGCGCGCCAGAAAGGCGUGAAGCCUCCAGUCGAUAUCCCUGGCACUGGACCCGGCGCUGAAUCAUCACAAUUCGGCAUGCCUCAAAGGACACCCUCAACGUCGCGUAGAAAAGGCCCUCCCCCUGGCUUGUCAAUCACAGCUCCCUCGGCAGCUACCUUUUCAAACGAGCGCGUCAUCCAAUCCGCUCCACUGCACCACUCAUUCACAGGCUUGCGCCCACAUGCUCACCAGCCUAGCGGUCUCAGUCAAACAAGCCACAUCCAUCAUGUCCCUGCCACACAAACAGCCAACCGCCUUCCUCCAAUCUCGGAUGUCUUUGCCCAUGACAGUCUUCAAGCCCCUCCUUCCGCCCGCCCGCCAACUGCUAUGUUCGCAACUGGUCACUCGCCUAGCAUUGGCCCUCCUCCCCUCCAGAGUCCCGGCAUGAUGCAGCAGCAGCAAUAUCGAGAGCAGCACCAACACAGCCAGGGACCGCUCACGGGACGCAGCAGAGAGUUCAAAAGCGCAGAAGAAGCUGUACAAGAAAUGUCCCGUGGACGUGAAGAUCUGCUACCCAAGAUUGUCCACUAUGGCGGCGCGCAACCACCCACACCCCCAUCGCCCAUGCCUCCGAGUCAACAAGCUCAACAUCCCGGCCACCCGCAGUCAUAUCCUCACCCUCCCCAGCGUCAAUCGCCCCACGCCUCUGGAGCCGCACGAGUAGACGCCCUCAGGUCGGAGCAUAGCCAAUCCCAGAUGGCUGGUAGAAGACGCCCCCGCGACGAAUACGAGCGCGAACACGGCAGUCCCCUAGGACAGCAGGAAGCCAAACGGGCCACAUAUCACCCUGAUGCCAGCGCCGACUGGCGUUCGGGCAUGAGCAACCAAGAGAAGAGAGACGAAUUCUUGCGCCUGUGCUCGCGCGCGUGGGAUCUGUUCCAUUCAUAA